GAGACAGUAAAGCGUGUCUAAUCUUCUUCCCUGUUCACAGGCUCUACGUGAAAAGACCAUUGACGGAAUAGAGCAAGGUGCUGAUCUGAAGACCAUUGACAUCGUCUUCCUCUAGUUCUGUCUGCAUCUGACGGUCAAUAAUAUCUUGUGAAGGCUCACUCAUCCCAACUCCUCGUCUUCCUGUAGUUCCGUCUUCAUCCCAAGUUCCCAACUCCUAGUCAAGUCAAAGAUCAAAUUUAAGCCAGAAAAUAAAGGGACCACAAAAUAAUAAACGAGAUGCAUCUACAUCAAUAAUAAAGAUAAUGGAUUUCUGCAUCAGGUGGAAAGGAGAAACAACAAUUGUAGGGUAGAUAUCAGAAGUGUUCGUCGUCUUUGAAGCUCCUCUGCUAGAGCACCACAUAGUAUCUCUCUCUUCUCCCAGUAAUGGCACCCCUCGAUACUCAUGCCAUCUGUUUGCUCGUGUUCCUCUUUCUCGUCAUCAGCCACCAUGUGACGAGCUGCUACACGGCCAUAUUUAGCUUCGGAGAUUCCCUUGCAGACACAGGAAAUUCGGUAGCCAUCGACGGGCACUCUGCCAACGACGCUGCUACCAAGCUUCCCUACGGUGAGACUUACUUCGGCCGACCAACAGGGCGAUUCUCAGAUGGACGACUCAUCAUAGACUUCAUUGCACAAGCUAUGGGAUUGCCAUUUGUGCGGCCGUACCUCGCCGGAGGGAGCGAAGAGGAAUUCAGGCAUGGGGUGAACUUCGCAGUGGCAGGAGCCACCGCAAUGAACAACUCCUUCUUCAGGGAGCAGGGAAUUGAUGUCACUUGGACGCCGUAUUCCUUGGACGUUCAGAUUGAGUGGUUCAAGCAGCUGCUCCAUUCCAACCCAUCCAUUUCAGACCCAUCCGUCUUGAGCAACGCUCUGUUCUUAGUAGGAGAGAUCGGAGGGAAUGACUACAACCAUCCAUUCUUCCAACAUGAACCGUUCGAUAAAAUCAGAAAAUUAGUGCCGAGUGUGAUCGAAGCAAUCAGUUCAGCAAUCACUGCUUUAGUCAAACUUGGUGCCAAAAACUUGGUGGUUCCCGGAAACUUUCCGAUCGGUUGCGUUCCCCUAUAUCUUAGACAGUUCCAGAGCAAAAAUGUCGAAGAUUAUGAUCAGAAAACUGGCUGCAUCAAGUGGUUGAAUGAGUUCUCGGUCUAUCAUAACAGAUUGCUGCAGGAUGAACUAGACCAUCUUAAUGGAGUUUAUCAUAAUGCAACCAUCACAUAUGCUGAUUACUACAACGCAGCCAUGAGGAUUUUCGAUUCCCCGAAACAAUUCGCUCAACCCAUUGCAGGUUUUACGACACCUCUGACUGGAUGCUGCAGGGGGUGCGGCGAAUCCUUGUGCGAAGAUCCAUCGAGGUAUGUUUCCUGGGACGGGUUGCACCUGACAGAGGCAGCAUAUAAAACGAUCGCUGAUGGUCUUUUACAAGGGCCUGCGCGUGUUCCUUCAUUGAACCAAACUUGCUCGGUCAGACAACAAAGCUCUGCUUCGCCGAAUUCACUGAAGUUCUUCACGAGCAUUGAUAGUAGCAGAUGGUUCGAUGUCUGGAAUGUCAGAGAGUCAUGAAAUGAUCGAUACGAGAUUAAUGUAUCACAUUUUAAUCAAAGACAACAUUUGUGUUUACAUAUAUCCAAAUUUGAUAUUAAUGCAUUAGGAUUGAGACUAACAUGUAAGUUAAUUGAUGCAUUAAUAUAUUAAGUUAACA